GUCCGGUUCAUUAUGUCUCCGAUCGCGCGAUGACCGACCGCGCACUAACGGCCGCUUAAUAAACAACAAUUUUCUCUCCCGCGAGAUCGUCGUGGAGUGUGCGAUUGCGCGUUUUUAUCGUCGUCCGAACCCUUCGCAAGACAAUAUCCGGAUGAUAUUCGGUCGGUUAUUAUUAUUUUUAAAUUAAUUCCGAAAGAAAUUUUCACCCGAAAGCUGCGAAGUUCGGAUAUCGACCUUCCAGCCUUCAACGAUCCUGCAGAGAGUUCCUGCUAGUUAUCGAUACACACGCGUCUGCGUUGCAAAAGGACACAUCAUGGAUUUUCGAUUGAUACAGAAGAGUUGUGUGUGUCUAUUGCUGAUAGCUACUACAAAUGCCGUGAUCAAUUCCGGCGCAAAUGAUGAGAAGUCGCCGACAAGAAGAGAUGCAAGUCUUGGGGUACCAUCAGAUUCUUACGGUGCACCACCUCCUUCAUUUGGUCCUAUUCAGAUCAACUACGGACCACCACAGGCUUAUAUUGCAUCUGAUUUAAAAGCACCUGACGCUAAUUAUGGACUUCCGUCGAACUCUUAUGGUCCACCAAAACCAACUUAUGGACUUCCAAAACCCAGUUAUAAGCCUCUAAAGCCAGAUUAUGGACCACCUCCCCAGGAUUCAUACGGGUUGCCACCAAAACCAGAAUAUGGAGUUCCUCAAACACCGAACUCUGUGUACGGCCCGCCGUCUGGACCUCCUAGUCCUUCUUACGGUGUUCCAUCAGUGUCUUAUGCAAAGGGGCCUCCAGGUGUACCAUCCCCGCCAACACCACCUCAUAUAUCUUACCACGGCUGGCAACCAAUUCCGGGUGUAUCAAUUCCAUAUAUCCAGAAAAACAACGGUUACGAACAAUCAUCGUUAGGCACUGCUUAUGGACCACCACUGUCUCAAGGAGGAGGUUGUUGCAAUAAUAAUAUUAACUCCAUAGAUACUUCUUAUGGAGGUUCACCUCCACCAGUAUUACCAUCUUACAAUCAAAAGUCUCCGAACUCUGAUUACGGUCCACCGAAAGAUGGAAAUUCUUAUCAUGGUAGCUCUCACGCUCAGUCAUUGACCAGUUUAUAUAAACCACCACCAAUUAUACCAGAUACCAGUUAUGGGCCUCCAACACCUUCUAAACAACCUUCUGACUCAUAUGGUCCACCUAAACCUGACUACAGUUCACUACCUAAUGAUUCACAUGGACCACCACCAAGUGGAUCAUAUGGACCACCUCCAAAAGAUUCUUAUGGGCCACCCCCAAAAGAUUCGUAUGGACCACCACCUAGUGGAUCAUACGGACCUCCUCCAAAAGAUUCAUAUGGUCCACCACCAAGUGGAUCAUAUGGACCACCUCCAAAAGAUUCUUAUGGGCCACCACCUAGUGGUUCAUAUGGUUCACCACCUAAAGAAUCACAUGGACCCCCGCCAAGCGGAUCUUAUGGACCCCCUCCAAAAGAUUCGUAUGGACCACCACCUAGUGGAUCAUACGGACCACCACCAACUGGAUCAUAUGGACCACCUCCAAAAGAUUCUUAUGGGCCACCACCUAGUGGUUCAUAUGGCCCACCACCUAAAGAAUCACACGGUCCACCAUCGAGUGGAUCAUAUGGACCACCUCCAACUGGAUCAUAUGGACCACCUCCAAAAGAUUCUUAUGGGCCACCACCUAGUGGUUCAUAUGGCCCACCACCUAAAGAAUCACACGGUCCACCAUCGAGUGGAUCAUAUGGACCACCUCCAACUGGAUCAUAUGGACCACCUCCAAAAGAUUCUUAUGGGCCACCACCUAGUGGCUCAUAUGGACCACCUCCAAAAAGUUCGUACGGUCCACCUCCAAGUGGAUCUUACGGAUCACCACAUAAACCUUCAUACCGACCACCUACAAAAGAAUCACAUGGACCACCCUCAAGUGGAUCAUAUGGGCCACCUCCAACUGGAUCUUAUGGACCACCUCCAAAAGAUUCUUAUGGACCACCACCAAGUGGUUCUUAUGGUGCACCUUCUAAAGAAUCACACAGACCUACACUAAGUGGUUCGUUUGGUCCACCGAAAGAUUCUUACGGGCUACCAUCAAUUGGAUCAUUUUGGCCACCUAAAGAUUCGUAUGGACCACCUAAAGAAUCAUAUGGGUCACCAUCAAUUGGAUCAUUUGGGCCACCUAAGGAGUCCUAUGGCUCACCAUCUAAGUCAGAAUAUCCUUCCAAGAAUUCAUAUGGAUCUCUCUCAGGUGGAUCGUAUAGUUCAGUACCUAGUGGCUCAUAUGGAACACCAUCUAAACCGGUAUAUCAUCCACCACCGCCAAAAGAUUCGUACGGAGCACCUCCAAGUGAAUCAUAUGGUACUCCAUCUAAAGAUUCUUAUGGAAUUCCUGCCCUUGGUUUUAUUGAUAAUUCAUUGCAAAUACAAUAUGGCUCACCGUCAGGAUCUUCAUACAAUGGUCUUCCUCCAGAAGGUACUUUCGGUACACCUAUAGCUAUCUGUUGUGGUACACCUCCACCAGAUUUACCGUCACAAAAGCCUUCAGACUCUCAAUAUGGGUUAACUUAUGGACAAGCAUCUGGAAGACAAAUACCUGGUCCAAACCUUCAACCAAAAAAUCCAGUAAAAAAUAGGGCACCAGUUCCACCGGGCCUUGUAGAAUCAACACAAUAUAAUAGUUUCCAAGGUGAACCAUACAUACCUCCUCCAGUAUCAGAAGUAUCAACGGGUGGAAACGAUGCAUAUGCUGCUCCGUCAAGUUCAACAGGUUACAGUAGUUCUAACAAUAGCCCUGACUUAGAGCAAAGUCCAAUAGUUCCUCAAGAUCAACAACAGUAUAACAUCCAAGCUACACAAGAUACACCAAAUAAUGGAGUAUACAAUCAAGGUUUAUCUACAUCGUAUGCUAUACCGGCUCCCGAAUCUUAUCAGCAUAUAACACAAACAGUUUCAGUAAAUAGUGCAGCUCAAGAACCUAACAAUUAUGUUCAGCCAAAUCAACUUUUAACAUCAAAUGUUGAUAACUAUGGAGCUCCGCAGCAGUCGUUUGAUUUAAAUCAACAAAUUGAAGAAAGCAAAAAUAACCCACAACUGAGAGACACAGAAAAUAAUUCACAGCAACCAGAAAAUAAUAAUUAUCAACAUCAACCAGAUGGAGUGGAUGUUAACGAUAUAGUCAAGUCAUUAGGUUUAGAAGGAUCUUCCGUUGUUGGUUCAAAAUCUGUUGACAUAAAUGGCUUACAAGAGUAUCCUGUUCAAGGCUCUACUGGUAACUACAUGCUUCAAAUCCAACCAGGACAAAGAGGUAGUGAAAACAUAGCUCAUGAUCAAGUACUUUCUAAUGGGUUACUUCAAGACAUUUUGUCAGCCAUAGAGAAUCAACAGAAAUCAGAUAAUUCAUACGAUAAUCAACCACAAGGGUCGGAAGUAAGACAAGUCGCGACGUCAGCAUCUAAUUCAAGUACCGAGUGGCCAGAAAAUUCUGCAAGUAAAAAACAGGAAAUGGCUUUGUUCUAUAGCACGAGAGAUGGAAAAGGACAGUCUACGCAAGGCAAGGAAUCUCUUCUCGAUGAAAUAAACCAUUUGAGCGUGAACGAGGUGUCGAAUGGAAACUUUGUUUCAUACAAGUCACCAAAAGUAAAUUAUGUGUAUAGUGAAUCAACACCUCAAGCUGUAUCACAAGAAUAUCCACAACAAUCGACUCCUAAGACUGAUGAAAGCUCAACCAACUCGUUGUCGAGUACAGGAAAAUAAUUAUUGUAGCAUAAUAGAUCUAUAUAAUACAUAAUUAGGUAUUUAUAUAUAGUUUAAAAGUAAUCCUACUAUUAUAUUUGACAGUUCUAACUCCCCAACCUUUGGUUGCAUUCAAAUUGACAACGGUAAUAACGCGUAAGAAAGUGCUCGCAUCCAUUUGAAUUGUCAUUUAAACGGAAUAUAGUAUCGCAUAAAAGUAUUGUACUUGUAUCAUUACGAGCCAUUCACGUACGAAAACGUUCUAUAAUAAUUGUCUAAAUACUUUAUUAUCUUGACAGGGUAAUCGCUCUAUUAUUAAUUUAUAUUGACGACGUAGUUACCAAGCACAGAUUCUUUCACGACUAGCUUAUCACGAACUCGAAAUAAAAAACAUCGUGCCUCAUUUUGUUUUAAAUCGUGAAUGAAGAAUAUUUUAAUCUAAAAAGUGAGAGUAAGCUUGUGAGUGUAAGGUACGACAGAUAUAAAUGCGAACUGUAACACAAUACAAAUAUUACAGAAAGCCAUUUUGGAUAUGAAAAAUAUUCACGAGAUAACUUGAAUGCAACUGGAUGUAUAUUUUUGAUAAUAAAUUAAAUACAAUCAUCGCUUUGAUUAUCAAAAAUGUUGGAGUGUUAAAUUAUUAAUAUAUAUA